CCUCUAGAAAUACUUAUACGCCUAUAAAUAGGGUCCACGAGCUGUCGCAACUAGCAUCUUCCAAGGUCCAAGAGCUCUCGCAACUCGAUAGUAUUUGCCGUGCUCUUUCUCCUCUCCUCUCCUCUUCCAGAUCUUUGACCUCUUUUUUACAAUGGCGGCAUCGAGUUCUGAUCAACCUGAAUCGUCUUCUGAUGCAAAAGGAAAGAAGGAUUUUAGCACAGCAAUUCUGGAACGUAAGAAAGCCCCUAAUCGCCUUGUUGUCGAUGAAGCUAUCAAUGAUGACAAUUCAGUUGUCUCCAUGAACCCUGCAACUAUGGAGAAGCUUCAAUUUUUCCGUGGAGAUACUAUUCUUAUCAAGGGGAAAAAGCGGAAGGAUACAGUAUGUGUCGUUCUGGUUGAUGAGCAGUGUGAAGAACCCAAGAUUAGAAUGAACAAAGUAGUGAGGGCUAAUCUAAGGGUGCGUCUUGGUGAUGUCGUCUCUGUGCAUCAGUGCCCUGAUGUUAAGUAUGGGAAGCGUGUUCACAUCCUUCCAAUUGAUGAUACAAUUGAGGGUGUGACCGGGAAUCUCUUUGAUGCUUAUUUAAAACCUUACUUCUUGGAAUCCUAUCGGCCGGCUAGAAAGGGAGAUCUGUUUCUUGUCAGAGGUGGUAUGCGAAGUGUUGAAUUCAAAGUCAUUGAGACAGAUCCUGGUGAUUAUUGUGUUGUUGCCCCAGAUACUGAGAUAUUCUGUGAGGGGGAGCCUGUGAGGCGUGAGGAUGAAGAAAGAUUGAAUGAGGUAGGAUAUGAUGAUGUUGGUGGAGUUAGAAAGCAAAUGGCUCAAAUACGCGAGCUGGUUGAACUUCCUCUGAGACACCCUCAGCUUUUUAAGUCUAUCGGUGUGAAGCCUCCAAAAGGUAUAUUGCUGUAUGGGCCACCAGGUUCUGGGAAAACCCUAAUUGCACGAGCUGUUGCCAAUGAAACUGGUGCAUUUUUCUUCUUAAUCAAUGGGCCCGAGAUCAUGUCAAAGCUGGCUGGAGAGAGCGAAAGCAAUCUAAGAAAAGCUUUUGAGGAGGCAGAGAAAAAUGCUCCAUCUAUCAUUUUUAUUGAUGAAAUUGACUCUAUAGCCCCAAAGAGAGAAAAAACACAUGGUGAAGUAGAAAGGCGCAUUGUAUCACAACUUCUUACUCUUAUGGAUGGUCUUCAGUCCCGAGCUCAUGUAAUUGUGAUGGGGGCUACUAAUAGGCCCAAUAGCAUUGACCCAGCUCUUAGAAGGUUCGGAAGGUUUGAUCGGGAGAUUGAUAUUGGUGUUCCAGAUGAAGUCGGAAGGCUGGAAGUCCUUCGUAUUCAUACGAAGAAUAUGAAGCUUGCAGAUGAUGUGGAUCUUGAAAGAGUAGCCAAAGACACACAUGGGUAUGUUGGUGCAGAUCUUGCUGCUCUUUGCACGGAGGCUGCACUCCAGUGCAUCAGGGAAAAGAUGGACAUCAUCGACCUGGAGGAUGAAACAAUCGAUGCCGAGAUUCUCAACUCCAUGGCUGUGACAAAUGAACACUUUCAAACUGCAUUGGGUUCUUCGAAUCCAUCUGCUUUGCGUGAAACGGUUGUUGAGGUACCGAAUGUCUCAUGGGAAGAUAUUGGUGGUUUGGACAAUGUCAAGAGGGAGCUUCAGGAGACUGUUCAAUACCCAGUGGAGCAUCCUGAGAAAUUUGAGAAGUUUGGCAUGUCACCAUCUAAAGGAGUAUUAUUUUAUGGCCCUCCUGGCUGUGGGAAAACCCUCCUUGCAAAGGCCAUUGCAAACGAGUGUCAGGCUAACUUCAUUAGUGUUAAGGGACCUGAAUUGUUGACGAUGUGGUUUGGAGAAAGUGAAGCUAACGUGCGAGAGAUAUUCGAUAAAGCCCGCCAGUCGGCUCCAUGUGUGCUUUUCUUUGAUGAACUUGAUUCGAUUGCUACUCAGCGUGGAAGUAGUGUUGGUGAUGCUGGUGGUGCUGCCGAUAGGGUUUUGAAUCAGCUGUUGACAGAAAUGGAUGGCAUGAAUGCAAAGAAGACAGUUUUCAUCAUUGGGGCAACCAAUAGGCCCGACAUUAUUGACCCUGCAUUGCUAAGGCCUGGACGAUUGGACCAGCUGAUUUACAUUCCCUUGCCAGAUGAGGCUUCAAGGCUGCAAAUUUUCAAGGCUUGCUUGCGCAAAUCCCCUGUUUCAAAGGAUGUUGAUCUCUCAGCCCUUGCUCACUAUGCUCAUGGUUUCAGUGGAGCUGAUAUCACAGAAAUAUGUCAGCGUGCUUGCAAAUAUGCAAUCAGAGAGAACAUUGAGAAGGACAUCGAACGGGAGAGGAAGAAGAGUGAGAAUCCCGAGGCAAUGGAGGAGGAUGACAUUGAUGAUGUUCCCGAGAUCAAGGCUGCACAUUUUGAAGAGUCCAUGAAAUAUGCCAGGAGGAGUGUCAGUGAUGCUGACAUUCGCAAGUACCAAAUGUUUGCUCAAACUCUGCAUCAAUCUCGAGGAUUUGGGUCAGAGUUUCGAUUCCCCGAGCGACCUGAAAAUCCCUCAGGAACAGGGGCUGCAGAUCCAUUAUCUUCUACAGCUCCUGUUGGCGAUGAUGAUGAUCUUUAUAAUUAAUAAGAAGUUUGCGCUUAACUUAAAAGAGGAGAUAGGGAUACUGUAUCAUCACAAAGAACAGUUUUUUUUAUUGGUUUUUUGUCUUGCCUGGAUCUCUCACUACAGGAACAAUCAAAAUGUGAUCUCAAAUGUUGAUACAAUGUAGUGGUGGAAAUCGUGGGUUAAAUUUUAUUUAAAAGGGGGAAUGGCAAAUUGACAGAGAAUUUGUUGCCUCA